AUGAAAGAGGAAGAAUCCUUAUGGUUGUUAAAUGCAAUGAUGCAAAUGCUCAACAGUGCAAAAGAAAGAGUUACGAAAGAUCACGCAAGAGUCAGAAAUUAUGUAGAGAAUAUUAAAAAAGGCGUUAGCGAUUUAAAGAAACUGGACGAUAUACAUAGGAGUGCCAAUAUUUUCAAUAAGGUAAUGAAUAGCAUUAAUGAAAUUAAGGAUACAACGUAUAUCUACGAUAGGAAUGAUGCGGACAAUAUAUACGAAAACAUGAUAAAGGUGGCGAACUAUUUUUUAAAUGACAAUGUUAAAAUAGAAUCCAAGGAAAAGCUAAACGGAGCAGCACUUUCAGAGUCAGAAUCCGCUAUAGUGUCAUACAUUUAUGGCAAAAUAAGGGACGCAAGGAAAAUUGUAGAAAUGAUAGAAGAAGAGUCUACAGGUAUACAUGAUAAACAAAUAGAAGGCGAAAGACUCUCAACAGAAGCGAACCACAUUUAUAGAGUGGCAAAGGUAAAUAAUGAACUUAACAACAAAAAGGAUGAAGCAAAACUUAAGUUAAUAUCUGUGUUAGCCGAAAUAGAGAAAACAUUACAUAAAUUAAAAAGUGUGAACAAAAUAAAAUGCCACUAUGAUAAUUAUAAUAAUAUACUAGAAUAUAACGAAGAACAUGAGCAUUUUAAAAAAAUUUCUUCUAUCUACGAGUUCAAGAAGGCUCAAAUAGGGAAAGAAGCAGAUAUAAAUGAAAUGAAAACUGAUGUAAAUAAGUACCAAGACAGGUUAGCCAUUUUAGAUAAAAACGGGGAGUCUUUUAAAGAAAGAAGCCUUGACAUUUCUGCUGCACAAAUGUAUAAAACUGACGUUGAAGAUAUCAUUAAUAAACUAAACUCUAUAGGUAAUAACAUUAAUGGAAUUAAUUCCACGUUGGAUGAAUUGCUAAAAAUAGGAAAUAAGUGUCAGCUGCAGCAGACCUUUUUAAUCAGCAGUUCUUUGAAUUAUAAAAUUGCAAAUUGUUUAAUAAAUAUUACAAAACAAAAAUAG